CUGUGAUCCUCCCCUUAGUGCACAUGUAAUAUGAAACUUCACAUCUCCAGGACGACCAACAACAAAAAAAAAGAGGGAGAGGGUGAAAGAGAAAGCGCAGGCACAGAGCAGCUGGCUGUCAGCAGCAGGGCAAAGAGGAGUUGAGGGAGGAAAGAGAUAGGAAGCAGAGAGGGUGAAAAAAUGUGGGGGGGAGGAGAGCUGACAUGAAAUGACAACAGAAAGAAAAACACGAAGGACAAAGGGACGGCUGGUUCUGCAACACUACUUGGUGUUACAAAACGUGGGUUAACCCAAGCAGGAUGUCUUUCAAGGAAUUUCAGAAUGAACUCUAUGCUCUUGGUAGCAAGCUAUGGCUCAAGCUCGAGGGACUACCCAAGGCUGAACCUUUGGAGAUUGUGUUCUUUUUCAUCAUCAUCUUGUUCAUUGUUACGGUACUUUCGAUGAUGAUCAUAGCUUGCAGUGUUUGCUGUGCCCGCUGCUGUAAUGGAACACCUGUUCACAAGCCUAGGAGGAUCCAAGUUCGGCCGGCAGACUGUGUAUGAGAAUGCAUUAAGAAAAGGGUGUGGAUGUACUGAGGAAUGUGUGCAGACUGCUACCAGCUGGCACCACAAUACUCUUCUACAAGAUAGUGGAUGAGAGCACUAAGGAAGUGCAGCGAGAAAGAGACCUCACCCUGCCUAGGGUCUUAUGCCAUGGUUACUGUAGGGCACUGAUGAAGUGAUGGAGUUCAGUAUUUCUCUCCCUGCCCCUUUGCAGACAGUUUACUAUCAAGACGAAGACAACUGCAUCAAUGGCUGGCCAGUGAGUUAAUCCAUAAAAGUGUGCAAAAAUGCCACAAGCAAGCUAGCCAGGAUUAAGACUGUUUAUAUUUCUCUACCUGGCAGAGUUCCAGGAAGACGUUGAAUACAAGCAGUUUCCACUGAACUGCGAGCCACGUGCAAUGGCUCAGCAGAACAAACGACAACAUAAGCAGUGUUUCCUCCUCGAUGUCCAA